UAUCUGUUACAUACUAAUUGAAACGUUGGACUGGAAGAGCCAGUUACAAAUAUCAGAACUGUCAGCUGAUAGAUUUUAGCGUAUUUUAAAUCAAAUGAGCUCAUGGGCUGUUACUCGAAGAGAUGAAACGCAGGAAGCUGAUUAUGGAUCAAUGCAUCUGAAUGAGACACCCUGUCUAUACCGUUUGACAUCUGGGUUUUCUGGCUGUUCUGCUCAGUCCAUUGCUACUCGAUGGAUUGAAAGGAGUUUCGAACUAAAUAAUUUGACUUUAACGGAUUAUCAACGACGUGUUCAAGAAAUUCGACGUUCAGUUCGUCAAGGUAUCGAUUCAGCAGCAACAUGUACAGAUGGGAUUAUUCAUGCAUUAAAGCAAUUAAUUCAUAGUGGAUGGCUUAACAGCCGAUGGAAUUUAAUCAGUGUUGAUUGUGAUCACUUCGCAUCGGAACCAUGGGAAAAAAAUUUUGCUUGUUGUUAUCGUAAUGCUCAGUGUGUACUUUCAUCUUUAUUUCGGAUUCCUGAGUUUAGAAAACGUCUUUUUGGAUCCGUGUCUGCAAUGCCAUCCAUAUGGAAACUACAAGCUCUUUUGGAGUCUGCUUGGUCACUUGGUUUUGAUCCACUUGGUGCAUCCCAGAUAUCUUCAACGAUCAAUCCGAAUAAAAUUUCGUCUGGUGUCAAUCCUACAGGUUCUGAUGACAUGAUUUCUACAGAUAGUCGUAAUCUCGUUGGAAUUGUAGACAGUACUGCAUGUCUAGGUGCCACUGAUAUGGUUUCUCUUUUCGGAUCGAUAGGAAUACGUUCGUCAAUCAUAGAAUGUCGUGCCCCUUCCGGCCCUGGUGGAACUCACCCAUACCUCUUAACUCAUAUUUACUCUUAUAUUACCUCAGGUAAUAGUCAUGGAAUAUCGAAUGAGGUAAAUCUAUAUCUAAAAUUUACUUUUAUUUUUAUUCAUUCGUAGGUAUAAUUUUCAUUUCCAAAAGUUCUUUUUAUGUGUACAAUAUAAAGUACAUCGUGUACUAAAAUAACGAUAGAAAACUGAUUUGAAAUUUUUGCAUGGAUCAUCAUUUCUUAGGUUAUGCUUUUAAAUUUUGUUUGUAGAUUCUCUUCAUAUCAAAGAAUUUUAAGAAUAAUUCAAAAACUAAUUUAUAAUUGUCAAUCAUGGAAAAUACUUCGCUCCUCUUUACUCAGUGAUAUUAUAAAUCAAACAGAAAUUACUUGACAACUCCCUAAGUGUUAAGCAACUGAAAUUUUUGAGACAAUUAACCAGCUAGAACAGCAUAAAAUAUCUCAAAUUUUUUUUUAAUGUUUUUCGAAAUUUAUAAAGAUCAUGGACACAAAGAUUGAGUAAUAGUUGUGUUGAGGGUUAUUGUGUGGGUAAAAGCCAAGAUUAAACAAAAAUAAAGUAAAAUAAAUUGUCCUUCAGCGUUUAGAAUAAGGUUGAAGAUAAACACAACAGCAGAUAGUUGUAACUUCGUCAUCCAACUUAUGUCAAGUAGUAGCACUAUCUGCAAGAUCACUUUAUUACUAGAUGUUAUUAGCUGAAAAUCUUCUUUAUCUUUAUAAGAUUUUAUGAUACGAAAAUUCCUCUUAAUAAGAAUCAAGUAACUUUGGUUUGUUGCUUAUCUGUAGCAUUUUACCUUCAAGUAUCUCUAUCGGUCUUUCGUUUCCUGUAUUUUGUUUUAGUUUUCCUUUUCAGCUUUUAGCAAUUGAAUAUCUGCCUACAAAACAUUGUCUUUAUCUCAUGUUGAAAUUUUUUUACGUAAUCGCUCAAAAUACAUCAGCAGAUAAAACUAGAAUAUAUGUGAGCACAUUGUGUUUCAUCUCAUUAUUUUAAGACAAUCCCUCGUAUAGUAUAUGGAGAACUGUUUUACAUUAGAUCUUCCAUAGCCUUCAUUUAUGGGUUGCUCGGUUAAAAGGUUUAAAAAACUAGGAUGAACAACAAAAAUAUCUUUGUUGAUGUCUGCUUUUUAUUUACUCACUUGGUUGCUGUUCUGGUGGCUUAAAUACUACUUAUCAUCGUCAGCCGAUAGCGUUCGUCGAUUUUAUGAUUCAUUCGGAUCCAGGAUAUCCUUCCUAUAGUACCUUCAUCGAUGUUUUCUGAAAUUAACCUUUAAACAGUUACUUAGAUCUUAUAAAAACAUGGGGAACCAUUGCUUUGCAUCAUUAUCAAAAUAAUUACAACCGUCUGAAAUCAAAAAUAACUUUCUAGUCACUUAUACAAGUAGUCACAUAACAGCUUGAUUGAUUAGAAUUUGAUCAGGACUAGUAUACCAGAUUACCACCUGAAGCACUGAAGUCAGACAUAUGAGUAACUGCAAACAUGCUCCACGUUCUAUUCAGCUAGAUUUGGGAGAAAUAACAAGUGCCACUGACAGACUGGAAAAAAGGAUACUUCAUCACGAAAGAUCCGUGAAAAUGUGAGAACUAAAGAGACAUCAUACUACUAUGGGUACUAGGAAAGGUUUCCAACAGACUGCUGCUGAACCAGAUGACAGAUUCAGUAGACGCGCAACUUAGAAAUCAACAGGACGGAUUUCUUAAGUACUGGUUGUGCAAAACCGAAUCGCAACACUACGGAUCGUCAUUAAACCAUCGAUUAAAUAGAACUCGUCACCACACAUCAACUUCCUUGACUAUGAGAAGGAACUUGACAGUGUGGAGAGGAUAACCUUACGGAAUAUUCUUCGACAUUAUGUUGUAUCUGAGUGGAUCGUCAAAAUCAUCCGGAAUUUGUACGACAGACUACACUGCAAAGUCACGCAAGGAGGACAACUAACAGAGUCAUUCCAGGUGGCCGACUGACUUGAUUAUCAGGACCUCGACAUCUGAAGGAAAACACAAUACAACGAACAGCUUGGAUGCAACUAGAUGAUGUGGACUUUGCAGACGAUCUAGCCCUUCUAUCCUAUACACAACAAUACAUGCAGGUCAAGACAACCAUUAUCAGUAGGCCUCAACACACGCAAGGGAAAAACCAAGAUUCUUAAAUACAACACGCGAAAUACUGAAUCAAUUUCACUUGAUGGAGAAACUCUGGAAGAAGUGGAAACCUUCACGUAGCUGGACAGCAUAAUCGAUGAACAAGAAGGAUCUGAUGCAAAUAUAAAGGCAAGGAUUCGCAAAGCACGAACAGCAUUCCUACACUUGAAUAACAUAUGGAACUUAAAACAACUGUCAACCAAUAUCAAAGUUAGAAUCUUCAAUACGGAUUUUAAGACAGCUCUACUGUACGGAGCCGAAACUUAGAGAACUACCACAACUCUCAUCAAAAUGGUACAAGUAUUUCUAAACCAUUGUCUGCGUAAGAUACCCAAUGUCCGUUGGCCGGACACCAUCAGCAACAUACUUCUAUGGGAGAGAACAAAUCAGCUUCCAUCUGAAGAGGAAAUCAGUAAAAGACGUUGGGAGUGGAUAGGACAUACAUUUCAGAAAUCGCCGAAUUGCAUCACAAGGCAAGCGCUAACUUGGAAUCCUGAAGGUAAAUGGGGAAGAGGAAGACCGAAGAAUUGGAAGCAGAUAUGAAAAGGAUGAAUAUCAACUGGAAAUAACUGGAAAGGAUUGCCCAGGACAGGUUUGGAUGAAUAGUGAUGGUUGGCGGCCUAUGCUCCUCUGUGAAGGGUAACAGGCUUAAGUAAAGCCAUAUCACGGAACUACUGUAACAACGGUUAUAUAUCCCGCAAUAUUUUAGAUGUUUGAUUUAGAUUUUAAAAAAAAACAUGAAAUACUGUAAAUUGUACCAUAGUUGACCAAGCACUGCAUUAGUCAUUCUUUCUAAUUAUGGUUACAAAGUGGAGAAAAUUAUUGUGGAAAAUCGUCGAAUCUCAGUCUGAUAAGUUCUGAAACACUGUUAUUGUUAUUAUUAUGGACGGCCACCUUUGAUCUGGAUAUGUUACCCUACUUGCGGCGUACGGUUUGUGAAACGAGCACUUAACAACUUCAUCAAGCUGCUAACCACUACUCACUGAAACUCCAUAAGUCGUACAAACUGUCUCAACAGUUGGAGAACUUGACUUCUAAACGGUUCUAGUUUUGGAUAAGUUUGACGUGAACGACCUAGGAGCAUUAAGUUCUUCCAGCUGCGACUGAGCCAUUUAGUGAAAACGUUGUCGUGGUGUACUCUUCACAACAAAUGAACCAUAAAUUCAACUGUUCGAUACGAGCUUAUAUAUGUAUUUAAGAUCUAGACUUUUUUCGAGGAAGAUACUAGAGUAAAUUGCCUGCUACCGUUUUCCAGAAUACCGGUUAACGUUUCCGAAGCAUUAGAACAUAAGUAUUACGGUUUAUUUUUAUUGAUCUUAUUCGUAGUAUUCUUUAAGUUCUUCGUAUAGUUGUUAAAAGAUUUUUAAACGUUUGUACUCAUUUCUUCUCCUUGAAUUUCUGUUGAAUGCUUUACUGUUUAUUUUGUAAAUUUCAUCGAAAUAUGUUUCAGUUUCGUAAACUUUUUCCUGUGUUUAAACUUGACUCAUUCUAUUUGCAAUACGUGACUGAAUCUGGCUCAUGUGAAUCAGUAUGCUAGAAUAUUAAUUUUUAACGUCCGGUAAAACCUAAUAUUUAAAAUAAUCCAUUAAAUUAUAUCAUCACUCCGCUUUCACUUCAGUUAUAUUUAAAUGCAUAAUGUAAAUUAUGUAUGCACUCCUUAUUUACCUAUGGAUAUACAUAUUUGCUAAGCGCUGUAUAUUUGAAACUAUUUCGAGUUCUGUUGUAAUAAUUGUUCACUCGGUAUUCAGCAAAGCUCUGCAAUAGUGUCUCCUAAGUUUUUGAAACUGAAAAGUGCAUCAAUACGCAUGAAGUGACAGAGCAGUUGGAACUUUACUUUUUUGGCCAUAAUGCUUAUUUAUUGACGCAUUUGUACCUACUGCUCUUGUUUUCAUAACCCAUCAUUGUUUAGUUACUCUAACUUUAUCUGUCAUUCGUCACCUUGAUUCGUAGAGUGAUGGUUUCACGGCUAAAGCAUCUAGCUUCCAGCUUGUGCUUAUUUUGGCUUGGGCAAGCUUAAGGUAAUUAACAAAACAGUAAGGUGUUGGUUUUUAGGUAUAUCCCUGGUGUAACUGCAUGUACUCUUGAUUAAAUAGUAUCUAGUUAGUAUUUUUAAUGUUUAAUAUAUCGUUUUUUCGUAACUUUUUAUUACUCGAAGUCUGUCACACUCCCAAUGCUAUUACAACAUGAAGGUCACAGUCGUAUAGUUAUUGGUGUCGAAGUUGAUGAAGAUGACAAACCGUUAGCUCUCAUUGUUCUAGAUCCUGAUGUAUCGGCUGAAGCUAUGCGUCAAGUUAUCAAAGCAGCUGAUUAUUCUAUAUCUAGUCCGAGUAUAGAUUUAUCUCAUCUUUCUUUCGGAUCAUAUAAUUGGAUGGAUGUUUUAGGAAGUAUGCGUGUGGAUAUGACUCAGUUAGUUCAACCUCAGUAUCAACUGCUUCAAAUUAAUGGAUUAAUAGAAACGGAUUUAGAUCUCCAGGUAUAAAUGCAUUUCUUUCUUACUAAGUGUUUUACUUGUAUAAUAUUAUACACUGCUUACGAUUGCCUACUUAAAUUGUCCAACUGACCAGAAACCGUAUUCCUUGAUUUUUGACCACAUUAAUGUUUUUACGAUAUAUGAAGUCCUGUAAAACUAACGACAAAAAUAUGGACUUACUCGGGUCCCCCAAAAAACAACAGAUAACGUUUGAUUUACUGUCAUUUUCGUUUCAAGCUUACAUUCUUAAUACGUUUUGCGGUCAGUUGUAGUUUUUGUAUAUAUAUACGACUGGAUUAUAAAACAUAAUUUUUCUUUUUUAGGACGCCAUGGUUCCGGAAAAUGUUACAGUUGCGAUCUCAUAAAAAUAUCGUUUGGAAAUGUAACGUUAUUUUUUAUCUAAACCCCAUUCUUAACAUUUUUUCUUGGAUGUUAGUAAUUUCUAUUCAUCUAAUUUAAUGUUUCUCACAUUCUUUCUGCAUUGUAUUACUUUCAUUCUUAUAUAGACGUUUUAUGUUUCUUAGGUUUAUUUUUAUACAUGCUUUUAACUAAUCUCACGACAGUUCAUCACUAUAAGUAUGAUUGUUUUUAUUCCCAAUGACCCCAUUGCUUUCACUUGUAUUUCACGUAUUCGUUUUUCUGCCCGUUUCUUUAUCUUUCUACUGUGUAACACUACUACUUAAUGAUCAGCUAUGAUAAAUCUGCGUACUAUCUUUAUCUUCGCGCUUUCAUGUUUCAUCCUUCUUUAGGAUGAAAUAGCUUUGAAACUAAUAAAUACAUUGUGUUGUAUAUGUACCCUUUAUUUCUUUGGCAGUUGUCUAUUUGUUGCAGACUAAUAUAAGUAUGAUAGGAACAGUA